GGACAGAAGCCGGCCGAGCCUCUCUCCAAGGCGAAAGUGGGAGAGGCUCGCUUGCGGUCCUGAGGGCGGUGGAAGGGGUGGCCGGGUCUCCGCAGGGGGUUGCCAUGGAGACGGGGGCUGACGGCGUCCUAGAGAGGGCCGUGAUUGGUGCAGAGCCCUGCUAAUCCCCGGAAGCCCCGUAGAGAAUUCAGGGAGAAUUGGUGGGGGCAUGCGCGGUUGGGAAGGCGGUGCGGCCGCCCGUUGCCCCCUGAGAAGCCUGCUCGCGUCGACGGGCGCCUGGACGCCUGGAUUUGAGGCUGGGAGCGCGGGAAGACGCGGCCCGGAGCGUGACCCGAUCGUUGCGAACAACGCUGCCCCGGGGCACAGCGGGAGGAGGGUGGAAACUGGGGCGAGGGUGGGGGACGGGCAAGGCGGCGCUCCGGCUGGUGCGUGGAGCAUUCUGGGAGACAUAGUCCGGCCGGGGAGGGAAGGUCGGCGAGUGCGCAUGCUCAGGAGCGCGGAGCGGCCCGCUGAGCGCGGAGGUGAGGGCGGGGGCCCCUCAACCGGGAAGGUUCGGGCGUGGAUUGGGGCGGCGGCCCAGCGGGAUCGGGAGCGCAGGACAGGGGCCUGGGUGCCGCCCGUGGCCGGGCCCAGCGCUGUAGCGCGGCUCGUCAAUCACGGCGACAAAAUCUGGAGUCCCCGCCCCCAGUUGCCAUGGCGGCACCCGGACCUGCCCCGGCUCCCUAAAGCAGAAGGUGCCCGCCCAGGCUUCUGGUAAAUGUAGUUCAGGGAGCUCCGCAGGGCCGGCCCGAUUACGGAGGCCCAGCUGUCUCCUGGGGUUUCAGGUUGACUUGGAACCUUGAGGAGCGAAGGUUAGACCCACGGGAUCAGGCGGCCCUCGAAAUCGAAGCCACUUCCUUAAUAAACUCAGAUCUGUCCACAAAGGUCGCACUGUACCUCCAGCUGCAGCAGGAGCAGCGCGAGUGUAGUGGGGAUGGGGGAAACGGAGGUUCACAGUGGCACAGCGACCUCCCGAGGUUACGUGGCAAAUAGGCUGGGCAGAAUCUCCGACUUUCCUUGCAGGCUCCGAGUCCAGUGGUCUCGGCACCUUUGUAGCUCCCCUCUGAAAACUCCCCCGUUACCUCCUAGUUCCACCUAAAUCGGGAAACGGAGGAGAUAGUGGGGCAUUGCGUGUUGUGAUAAGUCGGGCUCAGAGAAUGGGGCUGAAUGGGGGGAGAAUGGUGUCUGGGUGCUGCGCCAUACAGGUGACCUUGCACAGGUGUGGGGUGGGGCAGGUGCAGUCGGGUUGCGCUGUGAAACCGCGCUGGGAGGGGAGUGGUCUGAGACACUAGGCGGGAGAGUGGACGCUGCAGUGAUUGACUGGCACUGGUGGGGGGAGGGGUGGUAGUGGUGCAGAUGCCCAGGCAGUGGAUGUUGUAGGUGGCAUUCACCUGGUAGGCAGAGGGGUGCAGAGCAGGGGUUAGGUGGCGCAUGUAGAAGAAGCGUGGGCCUUGGGGGAGAGACGAGGUGCCCUCUGGGCCUAAGAAGCAGCCCAGGAACAGGGGGCUACCAGAGACUCUGCACAGGCCAAGCUAGAGAGGCUCAGCGAGGGCUUACCAGCCCCACAGGUCCUUGAUACGGCACUGCCUCUGUGCCUCAGUUUCCUCAUCCUCCUUCCACUUGGCGGGUCUCGGGAUUGAACAGCGCGGCAUCCAGUAGGCUCUCAAUAAGCAGUCGUCACCACUGUCCUCACCGCAGCGGCCUCAUCCCGUUCCUCCCCCAGGGGGAGACACUGGCCUCAGAGCCCCAGCCUGGUCUUUCCAAUGAGGCCCACAGCUCUGGGCUCCCCGGGCCACGCACCCCCAGAAGAUGAGGGGCCCAUCACGGUGAAGCUGGAGGAGUCUGAGGAGGAGGGUGAAGCCGCCCCGUGGGAUCCAGGCCCAGAGGCUGCACGCCAGCGUUUCCGGCACUUCCACUAUGAGGAGGCAGUGGGUCCCCGCGAGGCGCUGGCCCGGCUCCGUGAACUCUGCCGCCAGUGGCUGCGGCCCGAGGUGCACUCCAAGGAGCAGAUGCUGGAGCUGCUGGUGCUGGAGCAGUUCCUGGGCGCGCUGCCCCCCGAGAUCCAGGCCCGCGUGCGGGGCCAGCAGCCAGGCAGCCCUGAGGAGGCCGCUGCCCUGGUCGAGGGCCUGCGCCGGGAGCCAGGAGGGCCCCGGAGAUGGGUCACAGUCCAGGUGCAAGGCCAGGAGGUGCUAUCAGAGAAGAUGGAGCCCUCCGACUUCCAGCCCCUCCCUCAAAUCACACCUCGGACUCCAGAACCUGGGCUUGAGAUGCCCCAUGGGGCCACACAGGAGUCGUCGCUGGGCCUGUGGGUGAAAGAGGAGCCUGGGGUUACCGAGGAUCCAGAGCUUCUGGACUCUGGGCCUCUAACCAACCCCCAGGAGGCCACUUCCACUGUCCUACCUGAGGAGGCCCAGGGCUGUGGCGCAGCGCUGGACCAGGCCUCUCCCCAUAGUGAGACUGGGCCUGAGGGGUCCUCGUGGACGGAGCACCCGGAGGCCCUGUGGCAGGAGGAAGCUGGGAGUGUCUUCUCCGCGGGGUUUACACUCCAGAUGGACAGCAUCUCUGCUGGCCCAGACACUGUGAGCUCCCACGUCCACCUCCCCUGGGACCUCGGCGUGGCCAGCCUCACGGGCCGACUCGAGUCACCCUCCCUCGAAGGUGGCUUCUCACACGCGCUGGUGCUCUCCAGCGACCCAGGAGGUGAGCAGGACCCCACGUACGAUCCCCGCCAGGGCGUGGGACCCGGGCUGGCCGCCGCUCGCUGGCGUGCCCCCAGGGGCCGGAGCCGGGGGCGAGGUCGCCCCAGCACAGGCUCCGGGGCCGUGCGAGGUGGCCGCUGCGACGUGUGCGGUAAGGUGUUCAGCCAACGCAGCAACCUGCUGAGGCACCAGAAGAUACACACGGGAGAGCGGCCGUUCGUGUGCGGCGAAUGCGGCCGCAGCUUCAGCCGCAGCUCGCACCUGCUGCGCCACCAGCUCACGCACACCGAGGAGCGGCCGUUCGUGUGCGGCGACUGCGGCCAAGGCUUCGUACGCAGCGCGCGCCUGGAGGAGCACCGGCGCGUGCACACGGGCGAGCAGCCCUUCCGCUGCGCCGAGUGCGGCCAGACCUUCCGGCAGCGCUCCAACCUGCUGCAGCACCAGCGCAUCCACGGCGACCCCCCGGGCCCCGGCGCGGCACCCCCCGCGCCUCCUGGCGCGCCGGAGCGCCCAGGCCCCUUCCCGUGCAGCGAGUGCCAGGAGAGCUUCGCGCGGCGCGCCGUGCUGCUGGAGCACCAGGCGGUGCACACGGGCGACAAGUCUUUCGGCUGCGUGGAGUGCGGCGAGCGCUUCGGCCGCCGUUCGGUGUUGCUGCAGCACCGGCGCGUGCACAGCAGCGAGCGGCCCUUCUCCUGCGCUGAGUGCGGCCAGAGCUUCCGACAGCGCUCCAACCUCACACAGCACCGGCGCAUCCACACGGGCGAGCGGCCCUUCGCCUGCGCGGAGUGCGGCAAGGCUUUCCGCCAGCGGCCCACGCUCACGCAGCACCUGCGCGUGCACACGGGGGAAAAGCCCUUCGCCUGCCCUGAGUGCGGCCAGCGCUUCAGCCAGCGUCUGAAGCUCACUCGCCAUCAGCGGACGCACACCGGCGAGAAGCCCUACCGCUGCAGCGAGUGUGGCCUGGGCUUCACGCAAGUCUCGCGGCUCACCGAGCACCAGCGCAUCCACACAGGCGAGAAGCCCUUCGCCUGCCUGGAGUGCGGCCAGAGCUUCCGGCAGCACGCCAACCUCACACAGCACCGGCGCAUCCACACGGGCGAGCGGCCGUACACAUGUCCCGAGUGCGGCAAAGCCUUCCGCCAGCGGCCCACGCUCACGCAGCAUCUGCGCACCCACCGACGCGAGAAGCCCUUCGCCUGCCAGGACUGCGGCCGCUGCUUCCACCAGAGCACCAAGCUCAUCCAGCAUCAGCGCGUCCACAGUGCGGAGUAGCCAGCGCGCACUGCACCCCCUCUCCGCCCUCACCUCGGUCCUCCGUACGGGGGGGGGGGCGGGGGGGCGGUGCUGCAGAACACCUACCUCUCGGGGAUGCUGUGAGGCCUGUGAUCACGUGGGUACAAGCCAGCCCUCUUAGGGCCCGGUGCCCAGUAGGUGCUCAAUAAACAGUACACGGAACC